UCUGUGUCUCUUUCCGAAGCAUUUACUUUGAUGCAAGAAGAAAAUCUAGACAACUUCUUGAAGUUUCUCGGAACUGAUCCUUUUGAAGAAAGUUUGCGUGUAUCCAUUAGCGACCUUAGUAACCUGCAAGUAGAGUUGUACAUGGAGAAGCAAUCUCAUAGGGACAAAUUAUGCACGCUAAAUUUCACUCCGACCUUUCCAGAUCAGACCUCUUCUCCCAGGUACUUUCCUUCUACAGCACAGGUAGCCAUGCCUGAGCAAAAGGAAGAUCAGGUUGCGCUGGAAUCCAGCACAUCUUUCCCCUCUCCGAAAGCACCUGAAGAAACAGCUUCAAAUAAUUUCUCAAAAGAGGAUUUGAAAGUUACAAUCUUAGCAGAUGAGUGGAAUUCACUGAAAGGUGGAUUAUCGACGUUUAACAGAGAACUUGCUAUUCAUUUAGCAAGCCGAUCCGACACUCAGAUCACUUUCCUUGUUCCUCACGGUGCAUGUGGAUUGGAAGAAAAAGCAGCAGCUGCGAAAAAUUGUGUUACUAUUAUGGAGGCCAAGAAACUUAUUGCAUGCCCUUCCCCCGUAGAAUUGUUUUUUCCACCGAAGGACCUUGGAAUUGAUGUCGUAAUUGGUCAUGGCGCGAAGCUUGGUCAUCAGGCUCAGAUUAUUAGGGACUCUCAUGACUGCAAGUGGGUUCAAGUAGUGCACACUGCUCCGGAUGAACUCGGUAUGUACAAGGACUGUCCGAAAGCUAUCGCACAAAGUGAAGAAAAGAAUCAGCGUGAGGUUAGUCUAUGCGAAAUAGCUGACCUUGUCAUGGCGGUUGGACCUAAAUUGAAAGGUUUCUACUCCAAUCAUCUACGCUCUUUCAACAAAGAUCAGGAUGUUGUGGAAUUUACACCGGGAAUUAUGAGAGAUUUAACUGAUGUGAAGCAGUCGCUAAACGAGAAUGACGUAUUUCAGGUCCUAAUGUUUGGGCGUGGUGAUGACGAAGACUUCGAGCUAAAAGGCUACGAUAUUGCCGCUGGGGCAUUUGCAAGUCAUGAGCUGAAAAACGACUUCUAUUAUCUCACCUUCGUUGGAGCGGCCCCAGGGAAACAAGACGAAUUUGCGGCGAAGAUUCUUCAACAUGGCAUUUCUAAAAACCAGCUGUCUGUCAAAGAAUAUAUCAAGGAUAGAGAUCGAUUAAAAGAGCUGCUUCUUCGUAUGGAUCUGGUUAUCAUGCCUUCAAGAACAGAGGGAUUUGGACUCACUGCUCUUGAGGCCUUAUCCACUGAUGUGCCUGUCCUUGCUGGCCAUAACUCAGGCUUUGCAAAAGCGUUGCAGAAGAUAGAAUUUGGAGAACUCUGUAUAGUUAACUCAGAUAGUCCCGAAGACUGGUCAAAGGCGAUUAAGAGGGUCCGUCAAAAGGAGAGAAAAAAGCGGCUAAACGAGAUGCAACGAGUGCGGGAAUCUUAUGGACAGAACUACAAAUGGGAAGAACAAUGCGAGAUUCUUAUAAGGGAGAUGAGGAGGAAGGUUUUUGUGUAGAACCUCAGUACAUGGACAGUAGACCUAUGAAGACACUAUGAGAAGCAAGCAAUAUGGUGAUUCAACACAGAAUUUUGUAUUACUGAAGAAACUAAACAAUUAACGUCUUUCUUAAAUCUUUUAUUUCAUCGAAUUGGCCAGGAAAACGUUUACCCAAAUAAGGCUCUCUUAGAUCACUAGAUUAGAUGUAAAUAUUUUAGUUUUGAUAUAAAUUUCCUCGUAGUGCAAUACUGAAGUUCACUAGUCAGUGGUUUCACCCAGAGACCCAAACCAACAGUUCAGAAGAAAGUAUGUAACUCAUAAA